UCAUUAUAAUCAUCAAAAAUAUGACAUCAAAUUGUUUUAUGCAAAACUACAGUCCGAUUACCGGCGGUGGUGUCGCCACCGAUACUCUGAGGACAUCAUCAUCAUCAUCAUCGGCGGUGGCGACCACUUGUCAAUCAUCAUCUGGACUGUUAUACAACCCAUUCGAGCCCACCUACGAACUACAUAAGCCAUACAAUCUAUGCCAAGACAUUGUCGACAUAUCACGAGAUAACUUUCCCGCCGAUGAUGUCGACACCGAUACUAUUAUUAGUCCAUAUAUAGUGACCCAGAAAACUGCCGACAAUUACUACGGUAAUAGUAUUAAUUCAUUCAUGAAAAACCAAUCGAUGGAUAUGUGCCGCAAGUUUGAUGUCCAUCAAAGUCAAUGGAUAUCGCAAACAAAAUUAGACAAACUGUGCCACGAAUUGGUCCAACGGCUCAACUAUCAGGGAAUAUGUGUUUUCGACAAUUUUAUGGAUAAUAUUGUUGCCGGUUGUCUACAAAAUGAAGUCCAACAACUAUAUAAAUCGACCGAUUUUCAAUACGGAAUGCUAUCCAACAAUAAUCUGAUCCGUAAUAUCAGGGGUGACCUAAUCUAUUGGAUUACUGGCAAUGAAUCCAAUUGCUAUCAUAUACACGGACUGAUCAAAACUAUUGACUUAAUUGUAUUCAAAUGUAAUAAAUUAGCAAAUAAUGGACUAAUGGGUGUCUAUAAUAUCAAAAGUCGUACGCCGGCUAUGGUUGCCUGUUAUCCGGGUAAUGGAUCACGUUUUAUGAAACAUGCGGACAACUAUUCAGGCGAUGGCCGAUGUAUAACAUGUAUAUACUAUGUCAACAGGGAAUGGCAGUAUUUGAGAGACGGCGGAUGUUUGCGUGUAUAUCCAAAUCAAAUAUCGGGAAACCAUCCAUACAUGGAUAUCGAGCCCGUAAGCGACCGAUUGGUCCUAUUCUGGUCGGAUCGCCGUAAUCUACACGAAGUAAUGCCAUCGAAUCGGUUCCGGUUUGCUAUAACCGUAUGGUAUUUGGAUGAAGAAGAGAGGCGACAAUAUAAGCAAACAAAUAAACAGUUAUAAUAUAAUAUAAUUUCCGGGCCAUAGAUAGGACAGUC